AUGGAAACAGAAAGGAUUGAAAAACAACAUUGGACUUUGCUUCUUCGAUUUCUUUUUCACCGCUAUAGCUUCUUUUCUUUUAGUCGUUCGUUCUUUAAGCCACAGUCAUCUUUCCUUCUUUUCUUCCUUUCUUUGUUCUUUCGUCCUUUCAUUCCUUUCUUAACUUUCUUUCUUUCUAGCCAUUUUCCUUGUAGGAUCCUCGAUCGAUCCAUCCUUCCUUCACACCAUCAUUCCUUCUUAACUUUCUCUCUCUCUCUCUCUCUCUCUCUUUCUUAUUUUCUUUCUUUCAGAUUGUCGUUCUUUCAUUAUUAUAACUUCUUUGGUUUUUCUUGUAGCCUUUUUCCGAGUAGUCUUUCGUUCUUUAAGCCAUAUCCAUCUUUCCUUCCUUCCAUCCUUCCUUCCUUCCUUCCUUCCUUCCUUCCUUCCUUCCUUCCUUCCUUCCAUCUUCUUUUAUUCGUUUUUGCCUUUCUUUGUUUCGUUCUUUCUUUCUUCCUUUUUUUAACUGUUUCGUUAUUUAAACCACAUCCAUCCAUCCUUCCUUCUUUCCUUCCUUCUUUCCUUCCUUCUCUCUACACAUCGAUCCAUCCUUCCUUCUUAACUUGCUUUCUUUCUCCCUUUCAUUCAUUCAUUAUUUCUUUCCUUGUUCUUUCUUUCACCACCUCCAUCCACCCAUCGAUCAUUCCUUCCUUUCUUUUCAUCACUCUUUCUUUCUCUCAGUUUGUUCUUCUUUCAUUUUUUAUAGUCUCUUUUCUUACAGACUCUUUCGUUAUUCACGCCAAAUCAACCCAUCCAUUAAUUAGUCCUUCCUUCCUUCCUUCCUUCUUAACUUUCUUCCAUUCUUUCUUUCUUUCUUUCUUUCUUUCUUUCUUUCUUUCUUUCUUUUAUUUAACUGUUGGAAUUUUCUUUAAACGUCUUCCUUUCUUUCUUUCUUUCUUACUUUUUCUUUCUUUCUUUCUUUCUUUCUUUCAAUCAAUACAUCUUUCUUUCAUUUUAUAG